GCCAAGGUGAUCGCAGUAAUGAAUGCUGUGGAAGAAAACCAGGGGUCUGGCGAGUCUCAGAAGGUGGAGGAGGCCAGUCCUCCUGCAAUGCAGCAGCCCACCAACCCUGCAUCCCCCACUGUGGCCACCACACCUGAGCCCGUGGGGGCAGAUGCUGGGGACAAGAACACCACCAAAGCAGCCAACGAUGAGCUGGCCUACGAGGACGGCCGGGGCUUUGGCACUGGGGAGCUGGUGUGGGGGAAACGUCAGGGCUUCUCCUGGUGGCCAGGCCGCAUUGUGUCUUGGUGGAUGACAGGCCAGAGCUGAGGAGCUGAAGGCACCUGCUGGGUCAUGUGGUUUGGAAAUGGCAAGUUCUUGAUGGUGUGUGUUGAGAAGUUGAUGCCGCUGAGCUCCUUCUGCAGUGCUUUCCACCAGGCCACAUACAACAAGCAGCCCAUGUACCGCAAAGCCAUCUAUGAAGUCCUGCAGGUGGCCUGUAGCCAUGCGGGGAAGUUGUUCCCAGCGUGCCACGACAGCGAUGAGAGCGACACUGCCAAGUCCGUGGAGGUGCAGAACAAACAGAUGAUCGAGUGGUCUCUUGGAGGGUUCCAGCCUUCUGGCCCCAAGGGCCUGAAGCCACCCGAAGAAGAGAAGAACCCCUACAAAGAAGUUUACACAGACAUGUGGGUCGAACCUGAGGCAGCUGCCUAUGCACUACCCCCCCCAGCCAAAAAGCCCCGAAAGAGUACGACUGAGAAGCCUAAGAUCAUUGAUGAACGCACAAGAGAGCAGCUGGUGUACGAAGUGCGGCAGAAGUGCCGGAACAUCGAGGACAUUUGCAUCUCUUGUGGGAGCCUCAACGUUACCCUGGAACACCCUCUCUUUGUUGGAGAAAUGUGCCAAAACUGUAAGAACUGCUUCCUGGAGUGUGCAACGUAUCACCACGAUGAUGACAGCUACCAGUCCUACCACACCAUUUGCUGUGGGGUGGGGCGCAAGGUGCUCAUGUGUGGGAACAAUAACUGCUGCAGGUGUUUUUGUGUGGAGGGUGUGGAUCUCUUAUUGGGGCUGGGGGCCAUGGCAGCCAUCAAGGAGGACCCCUGGAACUGCUACAUGUGUGGGCACAAGGGCACUUAUGGGCUACUGCGGCAGCGGGACGACUGGCCCUCAUGGCUCCAGAUGUUCUUCACCAACAGCCACGACCAGGAAUUUGACCCUAUGAAGGUUUACCUGCCUGUCCCAGCUGAGAAGAGGAAGCCCAUCCGGGUGCUGUCUCUAUUUGAUGGAAUUGCUACAGGGCUUCUGGUGCUGAAGGAUUUGGGGAUUCAGGUGGACUGCUACAUCGCCUCCGAGGUGUGCAAGGACUCCAUCACGGUGGGGAAGAUCAUGUAUGUUGGGGACGUCUGCAGCGUCACGCAGAAGCAUAUCCAGGAGUGGGGCCCAUUGGAUCUGGUGAUUGGGGGCAGUCCUUGCAAUGGUCUCUCCAUCAUCAAUCCUGCCCAUAAAGGACUCUACGAGGGCACUGGCCGGCUCUUCUUUGAGUUCUACCACCUGCUGCAUUAUGCGCGGCCCAAGGAGGGAGAUGACCGCCCCUUCUUCUGGCUCUUUGAGAAUGUGGUGGCCAUGGGCAUUAGUGACAAGAGGGACAUCUCGCGAAUUCUCAAGUCCAACCCUAUGAUGAUUAAUGCCAAAGAAGUGUCAGCUGCACACAGGGCCCACUACUUCUGGGGGAACCUUCCUGGUAUGAACAGGAGGCCAUUGGCAUCCACUGUGAAUGAUAAGCUGGAGCUGCAGGAGUGUCUGGAGCACGGCUGGAUAGCCAAGUUCAGCAAAGUGAGGACCAUUACUACUAGGUCGAACUCCAUAAAGCAGGGCAAAGACCAGCAUGUCCCCGUCUUCAUGAAUGAGAAAGAGGACAUCUUACGGUGCACUAAAAUGGAAAGGGUGUUUGGCUUCCCUGUCCACUAUACUGAUGUCUCCAACAUGAGCCACUUGGCGACGCAGAGACUGCUGGGCCGGUCGUGGAGCGUGCCGGUCAUCCGCCACCUCUUCGCUCUGCUGAAGGAAUAUUUUGUUUGUGUGUAAGGGACAUGAGGGCAGACUGAGGUAGUGACACAAAGUUAAACAA